UUCGAUUUCAGUAUGUGCUGCUUCAACUGUGUUGGACAUUGAAAGCGCGGAAAUUUAAAAAUUAAUGGUGAUCAGACAACACGCGAUGGAAUUUUGUCCAGAAUGUUCACGUUCAGGACGUUCAGUACCUUUAUUUAAAGUCAUAUCGCCAGUAGGUUUAAUAAGCAGUGUAUGCUCUUCGACUCAGUGUUCAUAUCCUUUCUCGUCGUACACUGAAUUGGAACUAUCCUUAUUUAAGAGCGAAUAUGUUGAUGAAUCUGAAGAAUCGCAGACAGUACAAGGUUUCAUGGAUGAACUGUUCGGUGAAAGUAGCAGAAGUGAAGUGGACAGAGUGCCUUUAAGUGCUACAUCCACUGACUCCCUUUCGAUGCAGUCAGGCAUAUGUCAAAAGUCUCCUGUUAAUAACCAUUUUCAGAAAAACUUUAUGCUGCCUCGUUAUUUGGCAGAUGAUAUGAAUAGAUGUGCCAAUGAAGGUUUAUGCUCUUCAAAGCGUUCAACCAAGUUUAACCGAAGUAAUGACAGUGGGAUUUCAUUUUCAUCUCGGUCUUCGGAACCGUCUACACCUCUCACUUACAGAGAACAUGUUGAACAACUGACAUCAACAACAUCCAAUCGAAGUGAAACUGCUUCAACGACUAAGUCAGUUUCUAAAUUCCCCUCAGCAUCAGCAUCAUCGUCAACAUCCUUAAAAGGUGUAAAUCAUCUUGAUCGGAUGAUCAAGUUGCAAGAAGAACUUAUGCAGCACCGUUGAUAAUAAACUCUUAUUGUUUAUUUCACCCCUUCAGAAAUGUAACAAAGUUUUCUCUUCUUUUUGUAUAUUUUAACCAUGAAACCAUUUUCUUAUAAACUGUUUAUAUAUAAAAUGUACAUGUUUGUUGAGUUUAUUCCAAAAAAAUUACUGAAAUAAAGAUUAUUUUUUUCUGGA